AUAAGAGAGUAUAAAAGACUAAACUAAAAAGUAAAAAGAAAAAGAAUUAAGACAUUGAAUUGAGUAGCAAGUUAGAACUAAAUUAAGCCCCAAAACUGAUCAGCUGUUAUGUAUGAUUCAGUAGCUUUCCAUUGAUGAAUCAAGUUCAUCUUCUAGAUGCGGAACUGUCUUUCCUUCAACCCAGCCUCUCCGGAGGCCUCUCUCGGCGACGACCCUCUUCCCCAUCCGUCCUUAGAGAGUGGUGUGGCCUCCACUUCCAGAAACGACGCUUCUAUUUCGUCUCCCACGUUUAACCUCAGCCGCGAGUUGGCUCACGCUUUUCAAACCCCUUCAUACCACGACGUACGUUCACGGGUUCACGUGGUUGUUGACCUUACACAAAUUCAUCAUCGGCUCAUCCAACCAGACAUUGAGCUGCUUCUUUCUCAAGUGCUCCAACCAAAUAAAGAAUGUGUUCAAGAAGCUAUUAGACACGUCAAGCAAACUACACUUACUAAUCUCGUUUCUACUUACUUCCAACACAGCGAAGACGCUACCCGCCUUUGCUUAAAUCUUUACCAAAACGUACACAGUGCUCGCCACCACCUCUACACGCCCCUUUUAGACCUCUUCAACAUCUUUCCCGGUGAUUCACUCCCCGCCAUUGACGAGUCCCUAUGUGACCUGGCAUUCGACGUUUUUCUUAAGCUCGACACGUUUGAAAACCCUUUCUCAUCUCCUGAAUCUUACAGCUUUCGAGACACCCAAUUAUGCUUCUCCCAGCUGAAGCAUAAUCUGGACAGACGUCUUCGCAAGUCUAGGUCACGGGUCCGCCUCAUCCACCAUGCCACAGCUGGUUCUUCCUUAUGUCUUGUUGCUGCUGUUGUUGCGGUUGCUGCUUCUGCAGUUGUUAUUGCCUCUCAUGCACUUCCCAUCCUUCUUGUUGUUGCAGGUCCCUUGUGCAGUCCUUACCUCCCUCACAGUUUCAAGAGAAAGGAGUUAACUAACAUUUGUCAGCUCAAUGCUGCUUCCAAGGGUACUUUUGUGCUCAACAAAGAUCUUGAUACCAUUGACCGUCUUGUCUCCCGUUUGCACACUGGAAUUGAAUACGACAAGUUUUUAAUUCGACUUGGAUUAGAGAGGGGGAGGGACGUGCAUUCAAUUCAAGAGAUUCUGAAACUGCUUCGCAAGAGCCACCUCCCCCUCACCCAUCAACUCAAGGAUCUUGAGGAUCAUAUUUGCCUUUGGUUCACUAACGUUAACAAAGCUAGAUCGUUGCUCCUAACAGAGAUUCAUCUUCCUCGACCCAGCCAUGUUAUUCUGUAGAUAGAACAAAUUACUGCCAUCUCGAGUAAAAAACCAAUCAAGAUUACAAGUAUCCUGAGCUUAUGAGAGAGGACUACAGGACCGAGGUGAAAAUACAUGGACGUUGAGCUCUGUAGAUGGGAAUAGAAACUUUUUUAUGGUCAUCCUUAAAAAUUGGGCAUGGACUUGCCUGCCUUAAGCAGUAGUAGUUCGAUAUUGGAUGUUGUAUUGGUUCAUAUCAUCAUAUCGGACAAUUCUGUUGGUGAAUGAAUUUGUUGCACUUGUAU